GAUAAUGUUUCCAGCAUGUUUACAUUUAGACGAAUUUUGUUGUGGCCCACCACCCGACACAACAUCGCUUUUCGAUCUUGCAUCGUCUCCUGCGGUCCGCUGUGCCGGUUAAAAACGAUUCCACGUACGAAUUGCGUCCUAGCCUAUUUUUAACUCGCAUUAUCUACUUAGCAUGCAGGCUUCUCUGCCUGACAGUUGGUACAGGUUGCCAGGGUAUGAUGGACUGGUGUGUGUUCUCUCCUUAACUUCUCAUACGUUUCUUUCUUCCAAGUUAUUUCCUCUUGCGUAAGCUGUAUUAAUUGCAGCCUAAUGCUAUUUUCUUAUGUCAGCAUAACCUUUAAAUUAACUUUAUACUAUUUCCUGCUUGUAUGUAUCAUGGUGAUCCUGUGUAUGCAAACCAUUCAUUGGUAUAAACUUUUCUCACAUAAACUGUCCAGUAAACUGCUCUCUAAAGAGAUAACUUGUCUCUUGUCUUCUCCCCAAUCAGUUUGAAGGAACAUUUUAGUCAAGAAAAAAGUAUUCUUAUUCCCUGUUUCCUUUCGUGAAUCCUUCCAGCUUUAAAACUCUAAUUGCAGUAUUUUACGAGUAACAUGGAUAAUACACAUUUUAAAGAUUUAUUUUCGUCUCAUUUGAAAUAUAAUCAUGCUUACCAUUGCAAAAAUAGUAUUCAAUCAACUUAUCUGCCUCUGCUAAGUUUUGGAAUUCAGAUAUUUAAAUGUGAAAUAGAUCGGUGCCUUAAAAAAGUGACUGAGGGAGUAGAGACGUUUGAGGAUAUUUGGCAAAAGGUUCACAAUGCUACAAAUAGCAAUCAAAAGGAGAAGUAUGAAGCAGACCUUAAGAAGGAAAUCAAGAAGCUUCAAAGGUUACGUGAUCAAAUCAAAACCUGGCUCGCAUCAGGCGAGAUUAAGGAUAAAAGCACGCUUCUUGAAUACAGGAAGCUAAUCGAGACUCAAAUGGAAAGGUUUAAAGUCGUAGAGAGGGAAACGAAAACGAAAGCUUAUUCGAAGGAAGGAUUAGGAGCAGCUCAAAAACUCGAUCCAGCUCAGAAGGAAAGAGAAGAAGUUAGCAAUUGGCUCGCAAAUUCCAUAGAUUCUUUGAAUCUUCAGCUGGACACGUUUGAGUCCGAAAUAGAAUCGUUACUCGCAGGAAAGAAGAAAAGAUUAGAUAAAGAUAAGCAGGAUAGAAUGGACGAGUUGAAAACAAAGCUUGAUAAACAUCGUUAUCAUAUCCGUAAACUUGAAACACUGUUGCGCAUGCUGGACAAUAUGUCUGUUGAAGUUAACACUAUCAAGAGGAUAAAAGAUGAUGUAGAGUAUUAUAUCGAGUCCUCACAGGAACCUGAUUUCGAAGAAAACGAAUAUAUUUACGAUGAUAUUAUUGGUCUCGAUGAAGUAGAACUGUCUGGAGUCGGUAUUCCGUCGUCAGCGACUACGGACAGUAACAAUAGCAAUGAGACUGGAGGUACACCAACCUCAACCAAUUCUGGUACUUCGCCUAUACCGUCACCUCCUUUGAGUUCCACCAUGCACAACCAUUCAAGUGAUAGUUCUACAGAUAAUGACAAGAAAACGAAGCCUGUGAAACCCACAGCAGUCAGGCCGUUACUAAAUUCACAGGCGAGCAUUCCAACAACGGGAAGCACUGCCACCAUAAAAUCGAAUUUGUUGUCGAGCAGCACUCCGAGCAAAACCAUUCCCAUAACACCUAGCCAUAGCUCGCCUAGUUCUACGAGUAAUCACAUCGCAACAACAAAUGCCGGCAACUUCGCCACAAUAGCUGCUUCGCAUAGUAAUUCUCAAGCCAUCCAUUCUACCUCUAGUAAGACAUCUUCUCAUAGCAGCGAAAACGGUUUGUUGUCAUCGUCGUCUACAUCCAGCGUUACUUCGAACGUGCCACAAACGAUCUCGCAACAGCAUAAUAAUCCGGCGCCGAUACAGACGACGCAUGUGUUGCAUAACCAACAGAAUCAGAAUCACAAUAGCGAAACUGAAAUGACAACGCCGAUCCCACCAUCUUCGUCGCCGCAGUCGUCAGUUAGCAGUAGGUCUUCACCUCUGCCUGCAAAUUCCUGUUCGCCAGCGCCAUCCACUGCCAAUGGUCUCAUCCCUAAGCUUCCUGAUGGCAUGUCCUCUUUGAAAUCUAUAGCCCAACAAGUAAUUGUCCGAGCAGGUCUGGAAAUACCGCCGUCCGAGUCGAACAGAAACAUCUUCGACAGUGGUAAGGCGAAUAAUAACAACAACAAUGCCACGUCGGAAGCACACAUUCCUCCGCUUCUCGGUGUCGCGCCACUCGGACCGGUGCCGCUUCAAAAAGAGCAUCAGCUACAGUUCCAGAUGAUGGAGGCUGCUUACUACCAUAUGCCUCAUCCAUCUGACUCUGAACGUUUGAGGUCGUAUUUACCAAGAAAUUUAUGCCCGACGCCUCCUUACUAUCAGCAGGUUCAACUUCCUCAUUCUGAUACUGUGGAGUUCUUCCAACGUCUUUCUACCGAAACGUUAUUCUUCAUAUUUUAUUAUAUGGAAGGUUCCAAGGGCCAGUACCUGGCUGCGAAAGCCCUGAAAAAGCAAAGUUGGAGGUUUCACACGAAGUACAUGAUGUGGUUUCAAAGGCACGAGGAACCGAAAGUGAUCAACGAGGAAUAUGAGCAGGGAACGUACAUUUAUUUUGAUUACGAAAAAUGGGGACAGAGGAAAAAGGAAGGUUUUACGUUUGAGUACAAGUACUUAGAAGACAGAGAUCUGAAUUAACAGUCCUGUUGCUUGUGUGAAGUCUCCGAAAUGCACUAUUUCUGUACCGGUAUUAUCCAAAUCUCGAGAAGACAGAUUUUAUUUUUUACAAUUCUAUAUUUUCACAAAAUAUAAUUUCAUUUAUUGGUAAAGAGUAUCUCAACAAAAAAAAGCAGCGUAAACACAAAAGGGGAAGCGUGAGCAUGACAAUGCGAUGAAGACUCUUCGUUUAUAUUUUGACACCGCGUUUGUUAAAAUAUCUUCCCUAAUAGUAUUCCUCGUUUCGAGUAAAACGGAAAAGUAAAACGCGAAUCACCCGCGAUCGACGAAAAAUGAAAGGAGAUUUCGGUUAAUGAUAAAACGAAUGGUGUACGUUAAUCGAGGACGGUAAAUUGUAAUUGUAAAAAAAGAUGAUGUGAGAAAAAGAAAAAUAGCACCAGAGACACACUUUUAAUAUUUCAGUGUGUGGUGUGUGAUAAACAAGAGGAAGAAGUUAUACUCGCUGGCGACUGACUCUGUAAUACCAGUACAAACAUGCGUGCGGCCCAUCUGCCGUGACGGCGGCGAGGUGGAGGUCGCUCAUGCUAUGGUAUGUCUUAAUGUUAGAUUUUAAGUAGCAUUUUUGUAUAAAGUAUAUUGAGGUAUAAAACCCUUAAAAUGAAUUACUGUACAGAAUGUGUAGAAAUAGUGAAUAAUAAUAUUAUGGAAUAUAUUUUAUUUCUCAUUUAAAUGAAA